AACAGCUACAGAAACCUCGGCAAAACGCCCUUGUCUGCAGCCGAAGAGUGACAGCAACAUUCCAGCCAGAUAUGCCAUUUGUAAUUGGUGUGGCCAUCAUAAGUGUUUAUUGCCAAAUAAGCUAUUCUGCAUGAGUUGUUCGCGUUCAGCUCGUGAGUGCAUGAGUUGUCACCGGCCACUCCCUGAGCGCUUCUACAGUGAGCGUGUGGACCAGUGCGACAGCUGUGUGAGGAGACGCCAACGUUAUGAAGCAAGGCAGGUAAACCAGACUGGAGGAGGUCAGAGCUCAGCACUGCCCAACGAGUCAAAUAAUGUUGACAUUCUGCAGUUUCUUGCCGAUGAACAGUUUAAUGUUGAAACAAUUUUGCAUGAUUUCCUUCACGAGAAAAAAGGUAUGAAAUGGUUUUUAACACUAAAAUUAAAGUUUAUCAAAUAUGAUGAAAACAAUGAAAGUCAUUUGGCUGAACCUGUUUUGAGAAGCAAACAUUUUUGGAUGACUAACCUUGCAGAAAUCAAUGAGCAGUUAGCUGAGGCUUUUCAGCAUUUGUAUGCUUCAUCUCAAGAGUUUCAGGCUGAGGGGAGUGGGUGGAUAUUAGAGGGCAUCAUACAACUUGAGGUGAAUACAGCUGAGUAUGUUCCUCUGUCAGCAAGUUCAUACAUUCCUCUCUCCAAGUAUUUGGCAGAUAAGAAAGCUUUAAUGAAUAUCCAUAACAAUGACCAAAAAUGUUUCAUGUGGUCGGUAUUGGCUGCCUUGCACCCUUUAGAUAGAAAGCAACAUCCUGAGAGAGUUGGUAAAUACCUUUCAUUUCUAUCAGAGUUGAAUCUUCAAGGCAUUGAUUUUCCCAUACCACUGUCACAUAUCCCAAAAUUUGAGAAUCAAAACCAGAUCUCGGUAAAUGUCUAUGGGUAUGAAGAGCAAGUCUUUCCUCUCCAUAUCAGCAAACAAAAGUUUGACAAAACAGUGGAUUUACUGCUGCUUUCUGAGGGAGAGAAAAGACAUUUUUGUCUAAUCAGAAACUUUAGUCGUCUCAUGGGAGAUAGAACAAAACAUAAGGCAGCAGCAUUUUAUUGCAGAAGAUGUCUCCAUGGGUUUAGCAGACAGGAUUUGUUAAAAGAUCAUUCCCUCUACUGCUCUGAACAUAACCCUCAGAAGGUCAAAUUGCCAAAUGAAUAUAACAAAUGGAUUCGAUUUGAAUCUAUUCAAAACCAGUUGAAGGUACCGUUUGUCAUAUAUGCUGAUUUUGAAGCUUUGACUAGAAAGGUAAAUGACAAAUCAAGAAAUACAAGCCUUCAUCAAAAGCAUGAGCCUUCCGGGUAUUGUUAUAAAGUCAUCAGUUCAAAUCCUGAACUUACCAAACCCUCAGUCGUCUACCGGGGCCCUGAUGUCAUUUCCCAUUUCAUUGAGGCUUUAUUACAAGAAGAGAAAGCCAUCAAUGAAAAAUUACAAAAGUCCUUUCCUAUCGAUAUGACAAAAGAAACAGAACUGAAAUUUCAAAUGGCGAACAUCUGUCAUAUAUGUGAGGAACCUUUUCAUUCAUCAUCUAUCAAAGUGCGCGACCAUGAUCAUUUGGUAGAAAGAAAUAACUAUCGUGGUGCUGCACAUCAGAAUUGUAAUCUUCAACUGAAGUUGAAAAAAAGUAAGAGCAAGGGAAAGAAAAUGGACCAGGGUAAAAUGACUGAGGGAAAGGAUUGCUUCAUACCCAUUAUAUUCCACAACCUCCGAGGUUAUGAUUCUCAUUUAUUGAUGAGGCAACUGGACAACACUGUGAAACAAAAACUCUGCUGCUUAGCCAACAACAUUGAGAAAUACAUUUCCUUCUCCAUUGGAAAGUUGCGAUUCAUUGAUUCUCUCCAGUUUCUUUCGAAUUCAUUGGAUACUUUGGUUAAAAAUUUGGUGAAGAAAGACCCAUCCCAGUUCAUUCAUUUAAGACAGGAAUUUCCAAACUCUUCUCAGGUGGACCUGUUACUGAAAAAAGGGGUGUAUCCUUAUGGCCAUAUGGAUGAUGAGUCCAAAUUUGAACUGACCCGACUUCCCAAACAAACAGACUUUUUUAGUAGGUUAACUGGGAAUUCUCUCUCUGACGAGGAUUAUACACACGCAAAAAAUGUAUGGUCCGCAUUUGAAUUACAAAACAUGGGGGAAUAUCACGACCUCUAUGUGAAAACAGAUGUGUUACUUUUAGCAGAUGUCUUUGAAAGUUUUAGAACUAUGGCACUUGAGUACUAUCAUUUAGAUCCAGCUCAUUACUACACUCUCCCUGGCAUGGGUUGGGAUGCCAUGCUAAAAAUGGGGAAGGUAGAGCUUGAACGUUUGACUGAUAUUGAUCAAAUUCUCAUGCUGGAAUCUGGAAUGAGGGGUGGUAUUAGCAUGAUAUCUAAGAAACACAGCCUUUCAAACCUACCAGGACAAGAGGAUUACAAACCAGAUGAAGCAAACAAACAUUUGAUAUACUGGGAUGCUAACAAUCUCUAUGGGUGGGCAAUGUCUCAGGCGCUACCUGAGCGAGAUUUUGAGUGGGUAGAGGAUGUUGAUGAUUUAGACAUCAUGGGUGUGGCGCCCAAUGCUGACAUAGGGUAUAUCUUGGAGGUGGAUUUAGAAUAUCCCUCCCAUUUGCAUGAUGCACACAGUGACUAUCCGCUAGCCCCUGAAUCUAUGAUAGUAACUGAGGACAUGCUCUCUGAACAUUCUCGGGAAUUGAAAAAGAACUUAAAGAUCAAGGGGAAACCAAGCAGAAAGCUGGUCCCCAAUUUGUUCAACAAGCAGAAGUAUGUCUUACAUUAUAGAAAUCUACAGUUUUAUCUAAGUCACGGUAUGGUGCUCAGUAAAAUUCAUAGAGCUAUUCAGUUCAAGCAGACAUCAUGGCUCGAACCAUUCAUUACUUUUAAUACUGAGAAACGAAGAGAGUCUACAAAUAAAACUGACAAAGCCUUUUUCAAACUGAUGAAUAAUUCCUGUUUUGGCCGCAGCAUGAUGAAUGUUCGAAAGCAUGUGAGUGUAGAACUUGUCAAUACUGCCAAACGUCUGAGAAAGCUCUGUGCCAAGCCCACUUUUGAAGCAUUCAAAAUUUUCAACCCUGAUUUGGCUGCAGUUCACUUGAAGAAAGACACUUUGUUUCUAAAUCAACCAGUUUACGCUGGGUUUUCCAUAUUAGAUUUAUCCAAAGUACACAUGUACAAUUUUCACUACAAUUUCAUUAAACCAAACUAUGGUCAAAAAGCUCAGCUGUGCUUCACAGACACAGACUCGCCAUGCUAUGAAAUUGAAACCCCUGAUUUGUAUGCUGACAUGGGAAGACAUUCAGAUCUGUUUGACACCAGUAAUUAUGCAAAGGAUCACCCUCUCUUCUCACAAAAGAACGAAAACGUGUUAGGAAAAUUCAAAGAUGAAUUACAAGGGAAGAAUUUACUUGAGUUUCUUGGUCUUAGGCCCAAAAUGUAUUCCAUGUUUUAUAAAGAAACGGAAACAAAAACAGUUAAAGUGGAGAAAGUUAUAAUAGUGCAUGAUAUUGAGAAAAAGACAGCCAAAGGCAUUACUGAAACUGUGAGAGACAAACAUCUUCGUCAUGCCCUGUACAAACAGUGUCUGUUUGACCAGAAACAAUUCAGACAUGAGGUGGGUCAGAUUCAGAGUAAGAACCAUCAGCUGUACACUGCCUCCAUCAACAAAAUUAGCCUCUCACCGUUUGAUGACAAACGAUAUGUUCUAACAGAUGGUAUUUCCACUCUUGCCCAUGGUCACUGUAGAAUCAAAUCUCAGUAAACCAUUUCAUACCCUUUUUCUCAGAUGGGAAUGUCUGUGUCUAUGUGUUACAAGCA